AUGGAAAAACAGCCUACCCCUAAUUUCAUUCCAGAUGUCGAAAUAGAGUUGAAGAUAAUCGAGUUCUUUAUUGUCGAAGCUCCUGACUAUUACGAGAUCUAUCUUGGCAAGCUCCCCAAUUCGCAUUAUGAAGCCCCCGAUUGCGAACUAAAGUCUUUGAUAAAAAAAUCCCUGAGUACUAUGAGAAAAUAUCUCAAUGAUACGCUCCCAAAACUUUGCAACUUCGUUAAUGACAUCCGGGGUUUGAUGACUUGUUACGAGCACACCUUUGGGAUAUUUGUCGGUGAGAUCGAAGGCACCAUUUCAUCCUUACAAGGCCUGAUCGAUAGAGCUGGGCCUUUACAAAAAGUUCAUGAAGAAGCCGCGACAGACCUUUAUGAAAUUUUGCUCAAGGCAGGCGAUCUGACUCAAAAAUACAAAGAGGACUUUGAUAAGCAUACUAGGAGCCGUAAACUAUUCGAAGCUGCUUCUUUUGGAUUAGCCAUCUUUGCCUGUCUGGCCAUACCUAGUCCGGCUGUGCUCCCCGUUUCAGGCGUGAUAAAGAUGCUUGCCACUGCUACUGUAACGAUACCCACUGGUUACGCGAGUUAUUUCCUUUGGGGAAAAGCCAAGAAUCACCAGACCGUGGCUACCGAGUAUGACCAGAAAGUCAUCAAGUUGAAGGACCUGCUGAGCACCAACGAUAAGUUUAGAAAACCUAUUGACGUUAUUGGCGGCAAGUUUGCUGAUUGUAUGGAAACACUAGGAUAUCUGAUGACCCUCAGCAAGCCGAUGGCCAAAAUAUAUGAAGAGGAUGAGAAGAAAGAACAGUAUGUGGAAAUACAAGCCAAGGCGAAGGCGAUAAGAAAUCUCUGUGAUAGCAUGAAACGUCAUCCGUAUCGGAUUUCCAAGCUUAAAAUCACAAUUGAGUUUAAGAUGAAGCAAAUCACUGAGAUAUAG